UGGCGGCGAUGCCGCGGCUGCCGGGCCUGGGGCGGCUGUGCUGGACGUUGCGGCGGCGGCCGCCCCUGCGGCGCAGCCCGAGGCGGCGUGUGGGAAGAGGACUGCCAGAGUCGUCUGCGGGAGACCCAGGGUCGGACCCGUAGGAGUCCUGUCCUCAGGACCUCCUUGAUCGGUCUUCUGCUUCGUUUCCCCGUGGAGGAGGAGCUUUAGGGUGCAGGCUGGGCUGUGCGGAUCCGACGAUGGAUCCCACCGGGUGAUCGGGAAUGGGGUUGCAAUGCAGUUAGGCGCGAAGGGUCUCGCUGGCGCACAGAAAGAUCCCCAGGGCCGCAAGGCGUGCUGUGGGCGGAAAAUGAACUGACCCGCGAGCCCACUGCCUCCCUCCUUCCUGGGUGGAGCAGAGGCCUGCCUUCAUCUCCAAGGCCCGGGGGCUCCGGCAUCCCGACACAGCUUCCCGCGACACGUUGCAAAGACAGACAGAGGUGAAUCCGAGAUGGAGCCAGUGUGACCACCCGUGGCACCGACGUCGCCCAAGAGCGGAUGGAGUGAGCGGGUGUCUUUGAGGCCGUAUGGGGCGUGGCGAGACGGACAGUGAUGUCCAGCCGUGUGCCCGUGGGCCACGGGAGACCUCGGCCACAAAGCUGAAGAAAAGCCAAGCACAGCUGAAAACCUGCGAGACAGGGCCCGCGCCCGAAUCCAAGCCACAUUCAGGGAUGCCGGCCAGAGGGGCCGAGAGGUUUCCACAAAUUUCACCCCAUUCCCACCCCCACCCCCACCCCGCCACCUGGUAGGUACCCCCGACGCGACCUCCCCUGCACCCAGCAAAACCCAGUCCCUUUGGCUCCCUGACAUGCGUGGCAGCCAGAAGAUUCAGUGCUCGAAGCCUCUUUCCCUAGGAGCAGGGGAACCCGAUGGCCCUCAAGAAUCAGAGAGGAAGUGCAGGUGGCAUGUCACACCGCCUUUCCUAGAAGGCAAAUGUCAGGAACAGUCGGGUUGCCUCCCGCUCUUCCUGGACCGACCACGGGGCCACAGAGACCCAGAAAGCUUCCCUGUCCCAGACAGCUAUGGAAGCCCAGAGCUCCAGGAUCACCACACCUGCCCAAUCAUGCUGAAAGAGGUUUGGAGAAGGAAACAAUCAUGACACCGACCCCCAGGAACUUUCUCCCGGAUGGACUGGGAAGUCUUCUGGGUUGAAGACAUUGAGCCAGACUAACAAGCCCCUAAGCCUCUCAGAAACAGGGCAGGCAGAGCAAGAGGGAGGACAGAGCAGAAGCCAGAGCCCAAGCAGGAUUGGCGGCAAUGCCACCACCACGGCCAUCCGGGGAGGAGUGCCAAACGGGUGACUUGGCCACGAAGGCCAGCGUUGGAGCCACAGAGAUGUUCGCCCCAUCCCGUUGCCGGCUUCCUUUUCCGUCCCUGUGUCGAGCUGUGGCUAGAUUUCUCAGUGAGGGCACACGCGAGAGGAUUGAGAGGAGUGAGGUCGAUGGGCACCUCGACCUGCAUAAGCAGGUUGAUGAUGAGCUUUUGUGAGAAUUUUUUCCUUUGCUGGGGUGUGGUUGUCUUGAUUCUAGCAAUGAGGCCGCUCAUGAUUGGGAGCUGAUUUAAUCCCCUCCGUGUCUCAUGUAGCUCCCCACGUUGCCCACCGGUCACGAACCCAAACUGUAACCUCCUGGAAAACGAAUGACACCCGGCCACAUGACCCAGACAGAGAUGCGAGGAGAGACUCACCAGAAGAAAGGCCAAGGUACGAGAAACCGCCCUUCAUUGCCCACGCAUCCCAACACACACACGCACCCGCGCACACACGGACGGAAACUGGUAGAGAGUGAUAGACGGAGAAUGAAAACAGAAAUAAGAGAAAGAGACACAACCCAGACAUACUGCAGUGGCACAGUAACAUUCAUCCCCAGGCAGCCCCUGAAGCCUCUGGGUUCUGCUCUGCGCGACAACGACCCUGGGGUGAGAGAGCAGCCCUUGGGCAUACAAGCAGACCUGUCCUGGAGAUCGCAAGGGCACGACUUUUGGGGAGACUCACCGGCACACCGCCGCGCAGGCCUGAGCCUGGGAUACUGCGCUGCUUCCCAGACUCUCCGCCUGAGGUUUCGACCGCGAAUCCUGGCCUCCGGAUACCAUCCCGUCGACGCCCCAGUGAGGACUAGACUUAGCCCCGAGGCCGAUGCGCUGCCACAGAAGGCUCCUCCUUCGCGGAGAGUGAAGAACUCAUCUCCAGGCAAUGGUGGCGGUCUCUGUGACGUGAGCAUCCGCUCGCGAUUUGUGUAUGCGCCUUGCCAAGGCUGACUGCGCUCUGCUCUGGAUCAGGCUGCAGCCCCUGAAAAAAAUUGCUGGGGCUGUGUGUGUGAAUGGGAGUGUGCAUGUAUGUCUUUGGACGAACGUCCCCUGUUCUCUGGAGGGCAGUUUCUUGCAUGUUGGCCUUUUUGGUGAGCCUCUUUCUCGGUCUCUGCCUGGGUCGUGUAGCCGGUCCUGUGACUGGAACCAGCAGUCAUUUUCCUGGCGGUUGCACUUUUGGUUUCUGAAGGCCUUGGCGAGGUUUGGUGCUGUGUCGGACCCGCAGGCGUUCAAGUCACCUGCCCAUUCUGAGUGGCCUUUUUUCUAAAAUCCUCCACCCAGGAGCAGAGGACCCGGAUGUCUCUCAAGAAUUAGAAAGGAAGUGCAGAUUAUUGCAAAGCACAUGGUAGCUAACACUGGAUAAAUGAGAUGAACAUUGGUUUGCUAAUUACCCAUACUUACGCCCCAGGGAAGGAGAGCCCAGCACACCAUGUGGGGUACAGUGUGUUGCACUCAGGAACACAGUAAUCAGGUGGAGGCUAUUCCAGGAGGCUUUGUAGUACCAAGAGUAUGGGAGGUAACCCCUGGUUCUUGAAGGAGGGUGUGAAUGGCCUGUUUGAAUAAUUCUGCAGGCUGGGUGGAACCUGACACCCACUACUAUGCAGUAAGCAGGUACUGUGCCUGGCCUCUGAAGGAAGUGCUUGGGCUAGGGCACCUUAUUCAAAGGAGUACAUUGGGGCAGGGAAUUUGCAGUUAAUCCAUUCAGCCCUCCUUGUUUCCCCCAGUGUCAGGGCACGUAUAAUAUUGAGCCUUAAUCUUAGGCCUUAACCUUGACCCCUUGAUGCCUUGACAUCUCUUGGCGAUACUGAGACUUCUAGAAUGUAGAACUUUUACUGGAUGGAAGGUCUUGACUGCAAGUUGUCCAUGUUUCUGGCUCACUGAAGAAAAAAUUAAACAAACUACACGAAGCAACAAAAGAUCAAAGCCACGAAAGAAGAAAGAAGCAACGAAACUGCAGAUUUAUUGAAGCAAAAGUCCACUCUACAGAGCCAGAGCAGGCUAGAGCAAGCGGCUCAAGAGCCCAGAUUACAAUGUUCUUUAGAGUUUUUAUUAAGCUAAAGAAUUUGAUAACACCCAUAAGUGCCUUUUCGAGGUCUUCAAUUGGUUACACCCUAUGAAGGAUUGGCCUGUGGCCAGAGGCUGAACUGAAGACUUCUGUCUUGUCAUCACAGGAGUGAGGAUGUGGCCUGUGUGCUGCUUAACCUGGCCUAGAACUUGCUGCACCUGCUGUUCUUUUGCUUCCACCUUAACCUUUGGUUUUGCUAAUUUUCUUUUCCUUUUUUUUUUUGAGACGGAGUCUCGCUCUGUCGCCCAGGCUGGAGUGCAGUGGCAGGAUCUCGGCUCACUGCAAGCUCCACCUCCUGGAUUCAUGCCAUUCUCCUGCUUCAGCCUCCUGAGUAGCUGGGACUACAGGCACCUGCCACCAUGCCUGGCUUAUUUUUUGUAUUUUUAGUUGAGACGGGGUUUUACCCUGUUAGCCAGGAUAGUCUGGAACUCCUGACCUCGUGAUCUGCCUGCCUCGGACUCCGAAAGUGUUGGGAUUACAGGCGUGAGCCACCGCGCCUGGCUUGGUUAUGCUAAUUUCCUAUUCUCCUGCCUCAGAAGUGCCUCUCUAGGAAGCCAAGCAGGCUCUUACCUGCUUCAGACUGAGCAUCGCCCUGUUACCCAGGCUAAAGUGCAGUGGGAAGAUCUCGACUCACUGCAACCUCUGCCUCCUAGGUUCAAGAGAUUCUCCUGCCUCAGCCUCCCAAGUAGCUGGGACAAACUAAACUAAACUAAACUAAACUAAACUAAACUAAACUAAACUAAACUAAACUACUAAACUAAACUAAACUGCUAAACUAAGGGGUUUGGAGGGCUCCUGGAUUAUUGAACACGUAAAGGUUCCUGGAGGGUGGUGCAGCCAGAGACGGCAUGGAAGCUCUGCACCCCUCCCCCAUAUCUUGCCCUAUGCAUCUCUUCCUUCUGGCUGUUAAUCUGUAUCCUUGUCAAUAUCCUUUAUAAUAAAUGGGUAAACAUAAGUAAAGUGUUUCUCAGAGUUCUGUGAACCACUCUAGCAAAAUACUCAAACUUGAGGGGUCAUGGCAACCUCGAUUUAUAGCCAGUAGGUCAGAAGCUCAGGUCACAUCCUGGGACCUGCAAUUGGCAUCUGAAGCGGGGGCAGUAUUUUGGGACUAAGCCCUUAACCGAUGGGUUCUGCUGCUAUCUCCAGGUACAGUUGGAAUUGCACUGAACUGUAGCACACCCAGUUGGUGUCCGCUGAAGAACUGUUUAGUGUGGGAGAAAAAAACUCCACACAUUGGUGAGUGGUGUGUGUAAAUGUAUUAAGAAAAACACCCUGGUUGCUUCCUACCUUUAACUAAAACUGCUCAUGACACACCAUCAUGCUCUCACUACUUCGGCAAUACAGACACUCCCUCUGUACCUAUUCACAUACAGUCAAUAACACAAGCAAGAGUCACACACAGUCAAGAAAAGCCAUUCACGUGGUUGCAAGUGGCCACACACCUAAUGCUGCUGUCACAAUCAUGCAUGCUGCUGUCACAAUCAUGCACGUCAAACAGCCGGCUAGGGCUAGCGCCACACACACACGCACACACGGAGACGUGCGUGCACACCCACUUGUGCAGAGACACGCGCACGCAGACACAUGUGCGCACAGAGACGCACACAGACACACGUGUGCACACAGGCAAACAGGCACGCGCAGAGACGCACACACAGACACGCGUGUGCACCACAGGCAAACAGACACGUGCAAAGACGCACACACAGGCACACAUGCGCACACACAGAGAUGCAAACACAGACACACGCGUGCACACAGUGACGCGCGCACAGAGAGACACACGCGCGCACACACACGUCUCCCCCGCGCCAGCUCCGGCUCCAGCAGCCUUGGGGUCCCCGCCCAGACCCGGGCUCCUGGCUCCCUCAACGACUGCAUCUCGCGGGGCGAUCCCGGUCGGGUUCCGCCUGAGCCAAGGCCCCGCACCCAAACCGCGACAGCGGAUCCAGUAGCCCGAGGCCCGCAGCUAGGCGAAGGAACCGGGACUCAAGAGUAGCCUCCGGCACCGAGCCCUCCAAGAAAAGCAGCCCGGGACCCCGACAACCGUGGACGGAGCCAGGGUGGGUCACAGCUCGAGGCAUCGUCAACGGAGGGUCCUUAAGAGACCCUGAACCCAUUCAGCCGGGCACCAGAGACUCUGCCAAAGCACCAAUUCGGGCAGGUGGUAGCCUCGAAGCUGGGAGGCUGCAUCUCAAACCUCCUCCUAGAUGCGCGGUGGACCCUGGGAAAUGUAGUCCAGAGCAAGCCACCACCUAAAUGCGCCGUGGACCCUGGGAAAGGUGGUCCCUCGCAAGUCACCGCCUGGACGCAGGACUCUGCACUUGUCCAAGAGAAGAAUCCAGAGAAAUCAGAGCAGGUCAAAUAGUUCUAAAAGCCAUGGCCCAGGGACUGGUGACAUUCAGGGACGUGGCCAUAGAGUUCUCUCUGGAAGAAUGGAAGUGCCUGGAACCUGCUCAGAGGGACUUGUACAGGGAGGUGACUCUGGAGAACUUUGGUCACUUGGCCUCACUAGGACUCUCCAUUUCUAAGCCUGAUGUCGUCUCCUUAUUGGAGCAAGGGAAAGAGCCCUGGAUGAUUGCAAAUGAUGUGACAGGACCAUGGUGCCCAGACUUGGAGUCCAGGUGUGAGAAAUUUCUACAAAAAGAUAUUUUUGAAAUCAGGGCAUUCAACUGGGAGAUAAUGGAAAGCCUUAAAUGCGGUGACCUGGAGGGCUCCGAUUUUAGAGCUGACUGGGAAUGCGAAGGCCAGUUUGAGAGACAAGUCAAUGAAGAGUGCUAUUUUAAGCAAGUGAACGUCACCUAUGGACAUAUGCCCGUGUUCCAGCAUCACACGUCUCACACUGUACGUCAGAGCAGGGAGACUGGUGAGAAACUGAUGGAAUGUCAUGAAUGUGGGAAAGCAUUUAGCCGUGGCUCACACCUUAUUCAACAUCAGAAAACUCACACUGGUGAAAAACCCUUCGGAUGUAAGGAAUGUGGGAAGGCCUUCAGCCGUGCCUCACACCUUGUUCAGCAUCAGAGAAUUCACACGGGUGAGAAACCUUAUGACUGUAAGGACUGUGGGAAGGCCUUUGGUCGUACAUCAGAACUUAUUCUACAUCAGAGACUUCAUACUGGUGUCAAACCUUAUGAAUGUAAAGAAUGUGGGAAGACCUUUAGGCAGCAUUCACAGCUGAUUCUGCAUCAAAGAACUCACACAGGCGAGAAACCCUACGUAUGUAAAGACUGUGGCAAGGCUUUCAUUCGUGGCUCCCAACUCACUGUGCAUCGGAGAAUCCACACGGGGGCCAGACCCUAUGAGUGUAAAGAAUGCGGGAAAGCCUUUAGACAGCACUCACAGCUGACCGUACACCAGCGAAUCCACACUGGUGAGAAACCCUACGAGUGUAAGGAAUGCGGAAAGGGCUUUAUUCACAGCUCAGAAGUUACUCGACAUCAAAGAAUUCAUUCUGGGGAGAAACCCUAUGAGUGUAAGGAAUGUGGGAAGGCCUUCAGACAGCACGCACAGCUCACACGACAUCAGAGAGUCCAUACUGGCGACAGACCCUAUGAAUGUAAGGACUGCGGGAAGGCAUUUAGUCGUAGCUCAUACCUCAUUCAACAUCAAAGAAUUCAUACAGGUGACAAACCCUAUGAAUGUAAGGAAUGUGGGAAGGCCUUUAUUCGUGUUUCACAACUGACUCAUCAUCAGCGAAUUCACACUUGUGAGAAACCCUAUGAAUGCAGGGAGUGUGGAAUGGCCUUUAUUCGUAGUUCACAACUUACCGAACAUCAGAGAAUUCAUCCUGGUAUCAAACCUUACGAAUGUAGAGAGUGUGGGCAGGCAUUUAUUCUUGGCUCACAACUCAUUGAACACUACAGAAUUCAUACUGGUUAGAAAGCCGUGAGUGUAAGGGAUAAAGAUAAGCCUUUAUGUGGAGUUCACAUCUGGCUCAGUACUAGGUAAUUUUUAAUGUAGUGUAAUUAAUGUCAGAAAACACCUGUCACUUCCAUCCUAGAACAUCAGAAAACUCACACCCAAAGAAAAUUAAAUAAAUGUGGGAAUUCUUUUUGCCUCA